UCCCCCAUCAAAACCUAUCCUCUUUCCCCUGUCCGAGAGUCACACCUAGAGUUCAAUUGUCUUCGUUCAAUCAAUCGUUGUCUCUUUGGAGGGGUCCUCCGAAUCAAUGUCCACACAUAACAUUUAACCAAUAACACGAUUCCUCCCAAAAUCGAACGACCCACCAAAAAAAGAUUGAAUUUUGAAACCAAAGUCGAAGACUUUAAGCUCAAAGAGAGAGGAGAAAGAUGCUCAAGAGCGAGCCAUCUCUCUCAAUCUACUGCGGCGAAUCCGUAGACGAGCUCAAAAAACCCGAAGACCCGGCGACUGGACCCGACGAGAAUUUGGAUAGAACGGUUUCGAUCGGCGAUUCCGUUGAAGCCGACUUCAGCUUCGCUAAGCACAGCAGCAUCAUUGACGAUGCCUUGUCGAUCAAGGAAGAGGAGGACGAGAAAAGGUUUGAGAUUGAACAACGGCCACCGAGUCCUCCUAUGCAUUUAGCCGCAGGGCUUGGGAUUGAUAAGUUCGAUCUGUACGGUAGUAGUGAGAUUAUCAACUUCGAUUUCCCGAGUUUCGAUGAUGAGAGCUGUGGUGAUUACUACAAGAGGAUGCUCGAGGAGUAUCCGUUGCAUCCUCUGCUUCUCAGAAACUACGCCAGCUUCUUGGAGUACAAAGGAGAUGUUAAUGGAGCAGAAGAGUAUUAUCAUAAGUGUACUGUGGUUGAGCCUAGUGAUGGAGUAGCUUUAGCGAACUAUGGUAGAUUGGUUAUGAAGCUUCACGGGGAUGAAGCUAAGGCGUUGAGCUACUUUGAACGCGCUGUUCAAGCAUCUCCUGAGGAUAGCAAUGUUCUUGGAGCAUAUGCUAGUUUUCUCUGGGAGAUAAAUGAUGAGGAUGAUGAUGAGGUUGAUGACUCUUUCGGAAACAGAAGUCAGCAAGGAAGAGAAGACUCUGAGCCUGAGGGAGGGGAGAAACGGAGCUCAAGGUUGUCUGAAACAGAGGAUGGAGAGACGCUAUGCAGAUAUGCGAAAGCGUUUUGGAGUAUUAAUGGUGACCAGGAGAAGGCCUUGUUCUAUUUCGAGAAGGCCGUUGAAGCCUCUCCAAAUGACAGCAUUAUACUUGGAGAGUACGCUAGGUUCCUAUGGGAAAUAGAAGAAUGAUCUUCAUCAAGAAGAAGAAGAUCUCUCUUUUGUGAAGAAAAAGCUUGUGGUAUAUUAGCUUUAUGCAGCUUCACUGAUUUCCUUUUUAUAUACAUAUCUCUUGCAUAUUCGAAUCUAUUUACGGAAUAAACCUAACCGAUGUAAUAUAAAUACAGCUUGAUACGCUCGGACCUACUUUUUCUUUCUAUCAUGUAGUUUCAGUGAAACUA